AUGCAGGCUGCGUAUCGCAAGCCUCGAAGAACUGCCAACGCGUGUAUCGCAUGCCGCCAGAGCAAGAUCAAGUGCUCUGGCGACGAGCCGUGUGUAAAUUGCCAGCGACGAUUCAUCAGGUGUCAGUUUUCAGAAGCAAGUACAAAAGUGCUAGUAUCUGAGAGGUUUGUGAUCUGCGUUUCCGAUGUGUUGUUUGGGUGA